AUGCGCCUCAUAACAGCCUUGGAGAACUUGCAAAGACACCCUGUUCUACGGAAGCUCACGUUGAAUGAUGUGGUCCAGUAUGCAAGGCUGGUAGGCCAUCUCAAAAACGACAUCUUGCUACCUCAACCACUCGAGCAAACUGAUCCUGGCGUGCCUCCUGAUGUUUUACCCUUGAGCCUCGUAGAAUUUUUGAGCCUAGCCCUAAGCAUUAAGCAAGAGUUCAUUCAAGAUAGCUGGGAUAUCAUGAAGUAUUACAUCUGGGAAUGUACAACUGUUCCCCUGAUACAUGAAGACUUCGAGCUAUUCAGAGAGUUUGGUUGGUCUCGGGGCAUCGCUGUGCUUUCGAUCUACCCUCGCGAAAGUGUCUGUGCAACGGUGGGCUGUGGGAAUACACGGCCGUUGAAGAAAGAGACUAGCCGUGAGGUUGUUGUUUAUACAACUGCCAAUGGCGUACAGGCUGCAUGGGCCAUUCACCUCUACUGUCCUGGUAAGAGCUAUCCUGUUGACCUCCUUGCACAACUGCUAAAUGACCCACAGAGUGUAAAACUGACUAUCACAACAACUUUACUGUCCAUGACGGAGAACGCACAUACUACGAAGAAGUCCCACUUUACGUACAGGUUGGCGAACAUCAAUUCGUCGAACAGAAAAUUGUCCGCACCUGGAUAA